AGCCACUGAAGUUGCAUCUCCAAAAAUUCAUCUUGACAAAGCUUGAAGCUGCUCAGAAUACUAUCACGUACCUAGUCAAGUCGCCAAUUGGCCUUAUAACCCCUCCCAUAAUGGCGCCAACGCGUCUCAUAAGGCCGCCGACUUGCCUUAACUGCCUACGACAGCUAACCCGACAAUACAUGCCAUCACCGUCGCCCUCUCCAUUCCUAUCAGUGUCCCUCCCACUGCAACAGACCCGAGGGGCUAAAGGGUUGACCAAGGCCGAAGAGGAAGAUCUCCAAGGAAUCCCCGUCCGCCUACUAAAAGACAUCCAAGGAUUCGGUCGUAAACAUGCCAUAAUCCGCGUGAAACCCGGCCGUAUGCGCAAUAACUGGUUCCCGAAAGCGCAAGCCGAAUACAUGACAGCCCUACGUUUCAAAGAACUCGGGUUAACCGAAGCCGCCAUCGGCACCCGCGACCGCACUUUCGGUACCAAGCUCAUAAUCGAAGAAGACGACAACACGAAGAAGCGAAAACUCGUUGAGGAAGGACCAAAGAAGAGCAAGAAGGAUACCUUGACGCUGCCGCCCGAGGAAACCCUCACCCUUCUCCAAACCCUCCUCCCCGAAACCCUAGUCUUCACACGCAAACCCAUCCCCGCCGUCUCCGCGCCGCCUCCCUCCGAACUAGCAGCCCCACGCUCGCCCUCCCUCGCCGCACACGCCGCGACCUCAAUCAACACUGCCCCCGCUACCUCUACUUCUACCCCAUCAACCCCCGAGCCCAUGGCCAUCUUCGGUUCCGUAUCCGCAAACGACGUCCUCGCGCUUAUCCGUGAGAAAGUUUUGGCCGCGGAUGCAUCUCGCGGCGGACGAUUGGCUCUCGAGACUGGAAGUGUAACGAUUGUCGGUUUAGAUAAGGAAGGUGAGGGCCAUGAGGAAGGACGUAUUAAGCGUCUGGGUACUUUUGAAGUGCUUAUUUCCGCGUCGAAGGAUUUGGAGCCUGUGAGACGCGAGUUGAAGGUUGUUCCUGAGGAAUAAGUUAGGACAAGGAGUAGCAAGGUCUAUCGAUUAUAUGGAUUGGCCUAUUGCUUGUUUUCGAACUUCCGGGUCCAGUCGAUAUAGGAAGAGAAGCUUGUAGAUUAACUGAUUUUAUGGUUGGUUGAUCUUUGAUACGCUACAUUAGACACCCGUGCGUGUAUGAUAUGCAUAGCUAUAAACUAGAGAUGUACAUAAAAAAUGAAGAUUCUUGUAUCAACAUGCACAUUAUUUAAUUAAAACCGUGA